GCCCUGCCCCUUCCGAGAGUUUGCAGGACGCCUGCGCGUGAGCCCGGCGUGCCCUCUAGGACUUACCCAGAAGGCAGCUCUUCACUCUUAGGACAAAAUGGCUGGCAGACCUGCUGUUUCAGCAUCAAGCAAGUGGCUGGAUGGUUUUCGAAAGUGGUAUUAUAAUGCUGCAGGAUUCAAUAAACUGGGGUUAAUGCGAGAUGAUACAAUACAAGAAACUGAAGAUGUAAAAGAAGCCAUAAGAAGGCUUCCUGAGAACCUUUAUAAUGACAGAAUGUUUCGAAUUAAGAGAGCCCUGGACCUGACUAUGAGGCAUCAGAUCUUGCCUAAGGAACAAUGGACAAAAUAUGAGGAGGACAAAUUCUACCUUGAACCCUAUCUGAAAGAGGUUAUUCGGGAAAGAAAGGAGAGAGAAGAGUGGGCGAAGAAGUGAUCUUGUAGUUAAGAUCUUGGGUGUGCUUGGUCUCGCCAUAUUUUUACAAAGUUAUUUCAACCUGAAUCACAAUUUAAGAAUUACUUGCUCUACCUAUGUCUCAGUUUAAAUAAAUGUCUAUUGUAACCAU